AUGGCCACAAAAGAUGAAGUCCGACCCAAACACCAAAAAUCGAACGCCCUCUGUGAAUUCCAUCAGGAGCGAGGCCAGAAGACCGAAGACUGCAUCGCCUUAAGGCAGAAGAUAGUAAAUAUGCUCAACCAGGGACAUUUGAGAGAACUGAUGAGUGACCGAGGAAGAGCGAACUUUGCUCGCGGACGAGAACAACAUCAAGGCCCCUCGAAGCCGCUCUCCCCAACCCGUACCAUCCAAAUGAUCAUCGGCGGAGGUGACGAUGCAACAAUCAACAAUGUGAAAUUCACGACCACCCACGAGUUAAAGCGGUCGAUCACCCAUGAACGAUAUGAUGACCUCAAAGAAAGUAUCAUCUUCGAUGAGUCGGAUACCCAAGGUUUGACUUUUCCUCACUAUGAUGCUCUUGUCAUUAGUUUACGAAUUUCAGAUACCGAUGUAAAAUGGAUUAUGGUUGAUGACGGAAGCGGUGCAUGUAUUAUCCACCCUAGAGUCCUCGCCCAAAUGAGGCUCGAGGAUGAGAUAGUACCACGCUGCAUCAUGCUAACAGGUUUUAAUAAUGUAGUUGAGCGGACCUCCGGAGAAAUCACAUUGCCCAUUUUGACCGGCGGUAUCACCCUGGAAACAACGUUCCACAUCAUGAAUCAUGACACGGCAUACAAUGCCAUCAUAGGACGGCCUUGGAUACACGCCAUGAGGGCCAUCAUGUCCAGCCUAUAUCAAGUCAUAAAAUUUCCCACUCCAUGGGGAGUGUUCAGUAUUCGCGGCGGGCAACGCACAACUUGA